AUCCAUUUUUUUUAAUAAACGAUUAGGAUAUAAAAUUCUAACUUUCUCUUGUACCAACAAUUCAGUCCUGCAAAUUCAUCGAUAAAACCCAAAAUCAAUGAUAGCCACUACAUAAAAGUAUUGUGUUCUCCCAGAGAUAUAUCUUAUCUUUCUUUAUUGCCCUGUAUAUAAGUUUGCCUUUUCGAUGAUGAAUCUACUUUCACACAUAAUUGUCAUAUAACGAUAAUUUACAGUCCAAUAUGACGGCUACCUCUUGUGAAUCGAUUUCAUCAUCAAUAGAGCGAACUGAUAACAGGGCGCCCAAAACACCUCAUAUAAGGCCAAUACUAGCCCCAGCCAACAGGUUGUUUUAUCACGUGCGUUACGAUAACCAAUAUGUACCUACAAUAUUGGCGUUUACAGCAUAGAUUAGAACUGCGCUCUCUUUCCUAACUAACUAGGAUUGCCGAUGCCGCAGUCCCAGAAAUUCGACGACAGUUUGCAGUUGUCGUUUGGUGGAUGCACUUUCCGGUUGCUUUCAAUCAGUAGUCUAGCUUCGGGCGAUAGCCAACGCAAUAACGAUGCCGAAAACUCAGGAAACCAAGUUCGUCAACUCCCUGUUCCUCACGAAUUUGAUCCAAUCACAGUAUCACGAAUCGGAUGUCAAGAUUAAGGCUUACGAUGUUGAACCGGCCACGGCUGAGAUCAACGAUCCUUAUGCGCGAUCUUCGAUGAACAGGAUUCUCGUGAAAUAUACGUCAAAGGAGAACCCAAAAGAAAAUUUGAUAACCUUUGUUGCGAAGAUCAAGCCCACCGAAGGAAAGCUGGUUGAAGAGUUCAAGAAGAGUGAUGUGUUCGAUAAGGAAACCUUCAUCUACAAAACCGUUUUUCCGAAGCUGGUGGCUACCAUCUCCAAGCUAGGAGGUGCCGUUGAGUUAGCUCCCCAUUUGAUCUAUUCGUCUGAUGUGCCGUCGAAUUUGCUGGUCUUGGAAGACCUUACCGUGCGUGGAUACAGCGUCGAAAAUCAGCAACUGGGACUGAGCCUGGAGCAGAGCAAGAUGGCAAUCGAGAAGGUUGCGUUUCUGCAUGCGGCCAGUGCAGUUUUGCUAUCUGAGGGAUCUAUUGAGCUGGGCAAAUUCGCUAAGGGAACCUUCCAUGUCGACCACAAGGACAAGUUGGUCUAUUUCAGCAAUGCACUUGCCACUGUUGCCGAUAUAGCAGCUGAUCUCGGCAUCGAUAGCGAGACGGCCAUCAAACUAAGCACCCUGCCACCGAAAGCCGUCCAGAAAGCCAUCGAAGCGUACGGAAGCGAUUGUCAGGGCCUGAAGGUGCUCAACCAUGGAGACUUCUGGACUAACAACAUCAUGUUCAAGUACCAGGACAACGAACUUGUCGAUGCCAUUUUUGUUGAUUUCCAAAAUUGUGUCGUUGGAUCACCGAUUAUCGAUUUACUCUUCUUUUUGACAUCGUCACCGGCCUAUGACGUCUUGGAAACAUCAAAAGAUGAGCUCAUCUACACCUAUCACGAAACGCUGUCACUGCUUCUUCAACGACUGAACUACAAGAAGAAAAUACCAUCACUGGUUGAUUUGCAGGUCGAACUUCUCAAGUAUGGUGCUCUAGAGGUAAUUCUAUCGCUGACGACGGCCCCAUUUCUACGUACCAAGAACGCUCAAAAUACGCCAGCAAUGCAGCCGACUCUAUAUAAACCCGAGCAAAAGGUUGAUUUGAAGACUGUGUUGAAGGCCCACGCAGAUCACAUCAACCGUCAGCUGAAGGAUUACGAAGUUCGGGGUAUGCUCGAUUGGGGUAACGUCGAUAGCAAAAUUAAGGGUCUUAUGGGACGCUUCCAACGUUAGGAUUUUGUUAUUUUUAUUAACUUUAGGGGAUAGUGGUUCUCGCGUGAGCAUUUAUUAAGUUGAAUGAAACAGAAACACCGAACCGAGAAUAACGCUUCUGAAAUUUGAAGAGUAUUUUUCAAA